CCUCGCUCGCGUGCUACACAUCCGGGCCUCUGCUACUAGUGAGGGGAAGAUGGCGGCCGCAACUGUGGUGGUUCCUGUAGAGUGGAUAAAGAACUGGGAGAAAUCAGGGAGAGGCGAAUUUUUGCAUUUAUGCCGGAUCCUCAGUGAAAAUAAAAGCCACGAUAGUUCAACUUAUAGAGAUUUCCAGCAAGCUCUUUAUGAAUUGUCAUACCAUGUCAUUAAAGGAAAUCUAAAGCAUGAACAGGCAUCUAAUGUUCUUAGUGACAUUAGUGAAUUUCGUGAGGAUAUGCCCUCCAUUCUUGCUGAUGUAUUCUGCAUAUUAGAUAUUGAGACAAAUUGUUUAGAAGAAAAAAGCAAGAGAGACUAUUUUACACAAUUGGUAUUAGCAUGUUUGUAUUUAGUUUCAGACACAGUUCUAAAGGAACGCUUGGAUCCAGAAACAUUGGAAUCGUUAGGGCUUAUCAAACAGUCACAGCAAUUCAAUCAAAAGUCAGUUAAAAUCAAGACAAAACUCUUUUAUAAGCAGCAAAAAUUUAAUUUGUUAAGAGAAGAAAAUGAAGGUUAUGCCAAGCUGAUUGCUGAAUUGGGGCAAGAUUUAUCUGGAAAUAUUACUAGUGAUUUAAUCUUAGAAAAUAUAAAAUCUUUAAUAGGCUGCUUUAAUCUGGAUCCCAAUAGAGUUCUGGAUGUCAUUUUAGAAGUGUUUGAAUGCAGGCCAGAACACGAUGACUUCUUUAUAUCUUUAUUAGAAUCUUACAUGAGUAUGUGUGAACCGCAAACACUGUGUCAUAUUCUUGGGUUCAAAUUCAAGUUUUAUCAGGAACCAAAUGGAGAGACUCCUUCAUCUUUAUACAGAGUUGCAGCAGUACUUCUACAAUUUAACCUUAUUGACUUAGAUGAUCUUUAUGUACAUCUUCUUCCAGCUGAUAAUUGCAUUAUGGAUGAACACAAACGAGAAAUUGUAGAAGCUAAACAGAUUGUUAGAAAACUUACAAUGGUUGUAUUGUCUUCUGAUAAAAUUGACGAGCGAGAGAAAGAAAAGGAAAAAGAAGAGGAGAAAGUGGAGAAGCCACCUGACAACCAAAAACUUGGUUUGUUGGAAGCCUUGUUAAAGAUUGGUGAUUGGCAGCAUGCCCAGAGCAUUAUGGAUCAGAUGCCUCCAUACUAUGCAGCUUCACAUAAACUAAUAGCCCUUGCUAUUUGCAAGCUGAUUCAUAUAACUAUUGAGCCUCUCUACCGAAGAGUUGGCGUUCCUAAAGGUGCUAAAGGCUCACCUGUUAGUGCUCUGCAAAAUAAGAGAGCACCAAAACAAGCAGAGAGCUUUGAAGAUUUGAGGAGAGACGUCUUCAAUAUGUUCUGUUACCUUGGUCCCCACCUUUCUCACGAUCCCAUUUUAUUUGCAAAAGUGGUGCGGAUAGGCAAGUCAUUUAUGAAGGAGUUUCAGUCUGAUGGAAGCAAACAAGAAGAUAAAGAGAAAACGGAAGUUAUCCUUAGCUGUUUGCUUAGCAUUACUGACCAGGUAUUACUUCCAUCUCUUUCUUUGAUGGACUGCAAUGCUUGUAUGUCUGAGGAACUAUGGGGAAUGUUUAAAACAUUUCCAUAUCAGCAUAGAUAUCGUCUGUAUGGCCAGUGGAAGAAUGAAACUUACAACAGUCAUCCACUUUUAGUAAAAGUUAAAGCUCAAACAAUAGACAGAGCCAAAUAUAUCAUGAAAGCACGGGCUCUAGGGUGUGCAGGCUCAGUAGUUGUGGUGCAUGGGCUUAGUUGCCCCUCGGCAUGUGGAAUCUUCCCGGAGCAGGGAUCGAACCGUGUCCCCUGCAUUGGCAGGCGGAUUCUUAACAACUGGACCACCAGGCGUCUAACCAAGGAAAAUGUGAAGCCUUCUGGAAGACAAAUUGGGAAGUUGAGCCACAGCAAUCCAACCAUUUUGUUUGAUUAUGUAUGUUUUGAGAUCUUGUCACAAAUACAGAAGUAUGAUAACUUAAUAACACCUGUAGUAGAUUCAUUGAAAUACCUCACUUCAUUGAAUUAUGACGUCUUGGCCUAUUGUAUCAUUGAAGCUUUAGCUAAUCCAGAAAAGGAGAAAAUGAAACAUGACGACACAACCAUCUCAAGUUGGCUUCAGAGUCUGGCUAGUUUCUGUGGUGCAGUUUUUCGUAAAUAUCCAAUUGAUCUUGCUGGUCUUCUUCAGUAUGUGGCUAAUCAGCUAAAGGCAGGCAAAAGUUUUGACCUGCUUAUACUGAAAGAAGUGGUACAAAAAAUGGCAGGGAUAGAAAUUACUGAAGAAAUGACAAUGGAGCAGCUAGAAGCCAUGACUGGUGGAGAGCAACUCAAAGCUGAGGGUGGUUAUUUUGGCCAGAUAAGAAACACUAAAAAAUCCUCCCAGAGAUUAAAGGAUGCACUAUUAGACCAUGAUCUUGCUCUUCCUCUCUGCUUGCUUAUGGCUCAGCAGAGGAAUGGGGUAAUCUUUCAGGAAGGUGGAGAGAAACAUUUGAAACUUGUGGGAAAACUCUAUGAUCAGUGUCAUGAUACCCUGGUACAGUUUGGUGGGUUUUUAGCAUCUAAUCUAAGCACAGAAGAUUAUAUAAAGCGAGUGCCUUCAAUUGAUGUGCUCUGUAAUGAAUUUCACACACCUCAUGAUGCAGCAUUUUUCCUGUCUAGGCCAAUGUAUGCACACCAUAUUUCGUCAAAGUAUGACGAACUUAAAAAAUCAGAGAAGGGAAGUAAACAGCAGCAUAAAGUUCAUAAGUACAUCACAUCAUGUGAAAUGGUGAUGGCUCCUGUUCAUGAAGCAGUGGUUUCCUUACACGUUUCCAAAGUCUGGGAUGACAUCAGUCCUCAAUUCUAUGCCACAUUCUGGUCAUUGACAAUGUAUGACCUUGCAGUUCCACAUACCAGCUAUGAACGGGAAGUCAAUAAACUUAAAAUCCAGAUGAAAGCGAUUGAUGACAAUCAGGAAAUGCCUCCAAAUAAAAAGAAAAAAGAGAAGGAGCGAUGCACUGCCCUUCAGGACAAGCUUCUUGAAGAAGAAAAGAAACAGAUGGAACAUGUACAGCGAGUUCUGCAGAGACUGAAACUGGAAAAGGACAACUGGCUUUUAGCAAAAUCUACCAAAAAUGAGACCAUCACAAAAUUUCUACAGCUGUGUAUAUUUCCUCGAUGUAUUUUUUCAGCAAUUGAUGCUGUUUACUGUGCUCGUUUUGUUGAAUUGGUACAUCAACAGAAAACUCCAAAUUUUUCCACACUUCUUUGCUAUGAUCGAGUUUUCUCUGAUAUAAUUUACACAGUCGCAAGCUGUACUGAAAAUGAAGCUAGUCGAUAUGGGAGAUUCCUUUGCUGCAUGUUAGAGACUGUGACAAGGUGGCACAGUGAUAGAGCCACAUAUGAAAAGGAAUGUGGAAAUUAUCCAGGAUUCCUUACUAUAUUACGAGCAACUGGAUUUGAUGGUGGAAAUAAAGCUGAUCAAUUAGACUAUGAAAAUUUUCGACAUGUUGUACACAAAUGGCAUUACAAACUAACCAAGGCAUCGGUACAUUGCCUUGAAACAGGCGAAUAUACUCACAUCAGGAAUAUCUUGAUUGUGCUAACAAAAAUACUUCCUUGGUACCCAAAAGUUUUGAAUCUGGGUCAGGCUUUGGAAAGAAGAGUGCAUAAAAUCUGCCAAGAGGAAAAAGAGAAGAGGCCAGAUCUAUAUGCAUUGGCUAUGGGCUACUCUGGGCAGUUGAAAAGUAGAAAGUCAUACAUGAUACCUGAAAAUGAGUUUCAUCACAAAGACCCCCCUCCGAGGAAUGCAGUUGCCAGUGUACAAAAUGGGCCUGGUGGUGGGCCUUCUUCAUCGUCGACUGGAAGUGUAUCUAAGUCAGACGAAAGCAGUACCGAGGACACUGAUAAAUCAAGGGAGAGAUCUCAGUGUGGUGUGAAAGCUGUUAAUAAAGCUUCUAGUGCCACACCAAAAGGGAAUUCAAGUAAUGGAAAUAGUGGCUCUAACAGCAGCAAAACUGUUAAAGAAAAUGACAAAGAAAAAGGAAAAGAGAAAGAAAAAGAGAAAAAAGAAAAGACUCCAGCUACUACUCCAGAGGCCCGAGUACUUGGUAAAGAUGGUAAAGAAAAACCAAAGGAAGAACGGCCAAACAAAGAUGAAAAAGCAAGAGAGACGAAGGAAAGAACACCUAAAUCUGACAAAGAGAAAGAAAAAUUCAAGAAGGAAGAAAAAGCUAAAGAUGAGAAAUUCAAGACCACUGUCCCGAAUGUAGAAUCAAAGUCAACUCAAGAAAAGGAAAGAGAGAAGGAGCCGUCCAGAGAACGAGAUAUAGCAAAGGAAAUGAAAUCAAAGGAAAAUGUUAAAGGAGGAGAGAAAACACCAGUUUCUGGGUCCUUGAAGUCACCUGUUCCCCGAUCAGAUAUUGCAGAGCCUGAAAGGGAACAGAAACGUCGCAAAAUUGAUACCCAUCCUUCUCCAUCACAUUCCUCAACAGUAAAGGUUACAGCCAUACUUCCCAAAGUUCCUCUGGGUUCUGAGAACUAUGCCAGCUCACCUGUCAUCUCCAUUCAUUUUCUACAGGACAGUCUCAUCGAACUCAAGGAGUCUUCAGCAAAGCUCUACAUUAAUCAUACUCCUCCACCACUGUCCAAGAGUAAGGAGAGAGAAAUGGACAAGAAAGAUUUGGACAAGUCAAGGGAAAGAUCCAGAGAAAGAGAAAAAAAAGAUGAAAAGGACAGGAAAGAGCGGAAAAGGGAUCACUCAAACAAUGACCGAGAAGUGCCACCGGACUUAACCAAGAGGCGGAAAGAGGAAAAUGGAACAAUGGGGGUUUCAAAACACAAAAGUGAAAGUCCAUGUGAGUCUCCUUAUCCAAAUGAGAAAGACAAGGAAAAAAAUAAGUCAAAAUCUUCAGGCAAAGAAAAAGGCGGCGACUCAUUUAAAUCUGAAAAGAUGGAUAAAAUCUCCUCUGGUGGCAAAAAGGAGUCCAGGCAUGAUAAAGAAAAGAUAGAAAAGAAAGAGAAACGGGACAGUUCAGGAGGAAAGGAAGAGAAGAAACAUCAUAAGUCCUCGGACAAGCACAGAUAAUGAAGACUUUCAAUCAAGGGUGUGGACAGACCCCUAAACUGAAGGUCUCCCAGAGGAGGAUGCCAAAGCUCCAUGCGUCACUCUCAGAACGAUAUCUCCCAUAAUUAAGAGCUUCUGGUGCUGUCCAUUUAAUGGGAAUCUGCUUUAAAUCAGAAGAUGAAUACACACCACCAUCCUCUUGACGAGACAUUCCAAAGUCACUGAUUUUCAGAACAUUAUUUUCACCUCCAGGCAGUUUCUUGCAGCAAGGUCCCUGUGUAUACAAUUUUUACCUGAGAUUUGCCACCCAGAAGCAGCAUCUAAUAAAAUUCACUAACUGUUUUAGUUCAUCCUUCUUUCUCAGAAAGGAGAGGAAAUCAUGUCCUGGGACAAGUCCCUUAAUUUUGUAGAUAGGCUGUAUUUGUGUGCUAACUUUUAUGAGUUUUACAAUAAUGGUAUGAUUAUAUUGCUUGAGGAUUUUGGCUUCUUGUAAAAAUUUUAAUUUCAUUUCCUGGGAAAGAUCAUCUUCACAUGUUCUAACAGUGAUACCAGUUUUAUCUUUUAAGGUGCCUGUAAAUGUGUCAUCAAAAUUUCCCUUGCCCAGUAAUUAUGACAGCUUCAUGAUUGAGAACCCAUUUCUUAUACUGAUACCAUGAUACUCUUUAUUGUAACAUGGACUUUUUGGCAGUUAAAAAAAGUGAGUUAAAUUCACAUAAAAUAAAAUUUGCCAACGUGGUUUUUAAUAUAUCACUAUGUUGUAACUAUCACCAUUAAUUCCAGAAUAUCUGCAUCAUCCCCAAAAGAGACCCCAACACCUCUUAGAGUCACUCCCAAUUCUCUUUCCCCUCCCCCUGGAAGUAACUAAAGUAUUUUCUCUUUGGAUUUGCCUAUUUUGGACAUUUCAUCAAAAUGAAGUCAUUCUAUAUGUGGCCUUUUGUGUCUAGCUGCUUCUACUUAGCAUCAUGUUUUCAAGAUUCAUCCAUGUUAUAGCAUGUAUAAGAGCUUCAUUUCUUUUUAUAAGUGAAUACUAUUCCAUUGUAUGAAUGUGUACCACAUUUUUAUCCAUUCAUCAGUGAUGAACAGGAACAAUGAUUUAAGUAUUAAAAUUGUAAGUUCAACAUAUGUGUAUCUAUAAUUAUAAUUGGUAAUGUCAAGAUUAUACAUGAUGUGAACAGAAUGCUGUAUAGAAAUGAUAUGUAAAUUAUUGUCAGCAUUUCAUGCAAGUGUGAUUAUUUUCUAAGACCCUUCUAGCUCUGAUUUUAUGAAAUAUGUGAAUGUAGUAUUUCAUAAGUAAAAUUUAAUGCCUUAAGCAUUAAUUUAAAAUUUGAAUGAGAACAAUGUUAGGCAGAUAUGAACUUAUUUGCCACAUGUUGUAAUAAUCAUGUUUUGAUUUAUUUCAAAUAUGCAGUAUUUGAAAAAUGUCAAUACAUAAAGGAAAUGAGUAUAAUUAAGUCAAUAUAUUUUUAAAGCAAUUUUUAUAAUUUAGCAGACAUUGCAUCUUAAUAUAAGUAACUAUUAAAAUCAUGUCCUUAUGAAAAAAUGUGAUGUCAUUUUUCUUUUUAUUGAUCAUGUAAAAUUGGUUCCUUUUCAUUGCUAUGUGUUGUUUACUUUUGACAAGCUAUUGCUUGUCCCAGUGGAAUGUUUUACUUGUUUCUAUUUCAUUUUUUCCUUCCCCCAUUCCCCUCUUUUCCUCUCUCUCAGAUAAAAUACAAGUUAUAGUAUGCCAAGUAGUCAAUAAGAAAUACACAAAUAUUUUAUCCUUAUCUAGGGACUUAAUUCAAGCAUUGGUUAUUCACAGAACUCAUUGAUUUUCUUUCUUAAAUUUUCCUUCUCUUUUUUCCUUCCUUUCUUCUCUCCUCCCUUCUCCUUUGGUCUGUCCCUCCUCCGCCUUCCAUCCGUCACCUCUCUCACCCCCCUUCCUUUCUUAUCUAUCAAUAUAAUCACUUUGUUUCUUUCAGGUGAGAUUGGAAUGAAUUGUUCAGCUGUGACCAGAAAUUUAUUUUCCUGAGUAGAUUGCCAAGAAUUAUGAAUGAAGAGGGCCCAUUUGCAUCUCCUUAAAUUAUUCAGUUAUCUGCUUUAUUGCUCCAUGCCGAAAACUUUAAAUUGUUGAGUUGUGCAUUACUGUAUUUAACUUGUUGCUUAGUUUCUACAUGUUUAUUUUCAGUAAAUGGCUGAAAGUGUUAACUGUUUCAUAUUUUUAGCACAAUGUGCUGCAUACAGUUUCCAAUAAGCAAAUAAGGUUACAUAUGUACAGAAUUUCACUUUAGAGUAACUAAAUAUUGCCUGGGUUUAUUUUUUUUUCAAUAUGAAAUGCUUCCUUUUUAUUGUUUGAAAUGGAAAAUAAACAAUUAUUGAACCAUUUUGAAUUUACCUCAUUUAAAAACUCAAUUUUAACUUAUUAUUUGGCCUGUUUUAUAUUUAGUCAGUAAAAAAACAAAGUGGGAGCAGUGUCUUAUGCAAUGCCUAGGAAUCAUUUUAUAUAGUUCGUGUACGACAUUAAAACAUGUUUGAAAAAAAAUGGUACCAGCACUCACUUGUCCCUUGCCAUUUUUUCUUGUAAUUAUUUUAGAAAAAUCAAGGGGUUGGGGGGAAUAAAAAUGUGUUUUAAUUCUACAGUUAGAGAAGCUUUGUAUUGCUGAACUUUCAUCUGGAAAAGUUUCACAGUGACAUUUUUAAAAGGAAAUUUUUUUAUCUAUCGAAUUCUACCCAUGUAACCUUUUUUUCUAAAUAAACAAUAGUUUUCUCAAAUGA